GCGGUGAGCCAAUGGGCGGUGGCGUUGCUGUUGCUAGGCUGCGCGGCGGGCCGGGCUUGGGCCGUGGCGGGCCGGGCCGGGCCUGGGCCAGGCAGGACGGCGGGGCAAGGCGAUGAGCGGGCUCGGCAGCCAUGGAGAUCCGCUGCGGGGGGCUGCUCUUCAGCUCCCGCUUCGACUCUGGCAAUCUGGCUCGUGUCGAGCAGGUGGAGCCGCUCGGGGCGGGGGGCGGCCCCGCGGCCUGGGGCACCGCCCUCCCCGCCGCCGACUAUGAGUUCAAUGUGUGGCUGCAGCCUGACUGUGCCCAAACCGAGUACGAGAAUGCUAACAGGUCCUGGUUCUACUUCAGCGUGCGGGGGGGUGCUCCGGGGAAGGUGAUCAAGCUGCACAUCGUGAACAUGAACAAGCAGAGCCGGCUGUACUCCCAGGGCAUGUCCCCCUUCGUGCGGACCCUGCCGGUGCGGCCUCGCUGGGAGCGCAUCCGGGAGCGGCCCAGCUUCGAGAUGGUGGAGACGCAGUUUGUGCUGUCCUUCGUGCACCGCUUCCUGGAGCACCGCGGGGCCACCACCUACUUUGCCUUCUGCUACCCCUUCUCCUACACGGAGUGCCAGGAGAUGCUGGCGCAGCUGGACAGCCGUUUCCAGGAGUGCCGGCACAUGUCUCCUAGCAGCCCCCUUGACUCUGUCUAUUACCACCGGGAGCUGCUCUGCCAUUCCCUGGACAAGCUGCGAGUAGACCUGCUCACCAUCACCUCCUGCCACGGCAUGCUGGAGAAACGGGAGCCCCGGCUGGAUAAGCUCUUCCCAGAUACCGCCACACCCCGGCCUCGCCGCUUCGCAGGGAAGAGGGUGUUUUUCUUGAGCAGCAGAGUCCACCCAGGAGAAACACCCUCCAGCUUCGUCUUCAACGGCUUCCUGGACUUUAUCCUGCGUGAGGAGGACCCCCGUGCCCAGAUGCUGAGGCGGAUGUUCGUCUUUAAGCUCAUUCCCAUGCUGAACCCUGAUGGGGUGGUGCGAGGCCACUAUCGAACUGACUCCCGUGGGGUAAACCUGAACCGCCAGUAUCUCAACCCUGAUGCCGAGCUGCACCCCGCAGUGUAUGGAGCCAAAGCCAUCCUCCUGUACCACCACGUUCACAGCCGUGUCCUACCAGGCUCUCCCGACUGGAGGACGUACAUCUCCCCACUCGGUACCAGCUCAUUAAGCACAAAAUCCUACAACCAUUCCAUCCACAGCAGCACCCUGUCCUCACAGGCAGCCCUCUCGGAGCUGGAGAAAGCCAAUAACCUCCACAACUCACCCAGGGCCUGGCGUGCCAGCAUGUACUUCAGCCCCUCUCAGGAAGCCCAGCUCCCGGGAGUGCUGCCCUCCCACCAGGGCAGCAAAGACCCGGCUGUCUGGAUUCUCUCUUCGAGCUGCACCUUAGAGCACUGUGAGGAGGAAGCCCAGAGGCCUCCAACACCUCUCCCUGAAGCCAUCCCACCCCAGGACAGUGGGCUGGCCUACUACGUUGAUCUCCACGGGCAUGCCUCCAAGCGUGGCUGCUUCAUGUAUGGCAACAGUUUCAGUGAUGAAAAUGAUCAGGUGGAGAACAUGCUCUUCCCCAAACUCAUCUCCUUGAACUCACCUUACUUUGACUUCAUGGGCUGCAACUUCUCGGAGAAGAACAUGUAUGCCAAAGACAAGCGGGACGGGCAGUCAAAGGAGGGUAGCGGGCGAGUGGCCAUCUACAAAGCCCUGGGGAUCAUCCACAGCUACACACUGGAGUGCAACUACAACACGGGACGCUUUGUGAACACCAUCCCUGUGGCCUGCCAUGACAAUGGGAGGGCCAGCCCACCGCCCCCCGCUGCCUUUCCCUCCAAAUACACCGUGGAGUUGUUUGAGCAGGUUGGGAGAGCCUUGGCUGUGGCAGCGCUGGACAUGGCAGAGUGCAAUCCCUGGCCCCGGAUCAUCCUUUCGGAGCACAGCUGCCUCAGCAACCUGCGAGCCUGGAUGCUGAAGCACGUGCGCAGCAUGAAGGGUGCCAGCGGGGGCCCAUGGAGGAGAGGAGGUUCCAAGACUCCCCCCAGGAGCUCCAUCAGGCUCUCCACCUCAAACUCCGAUAACGCCCUGUCCCGCAUAAGAAGCUUCAGCAAUGGUACCAGUGGGAGCGGCAGCAGCCAGCAGGAUUCACCACGGAUCAAAGUCUCCCCCAGCUUCACCUUCAGCUGCAGCAGGCCCUUGGGUCUGGCUGCUGCGAGCCAGAGUCCUCUGAAGCGCAGCACCAGAGCCCCGGCACCAGGCAGAGGGACCCUGCCAUUGGGCACCCAGACAGCACCAAGCACAGGCACCAGCCACGGUCCACGGAAGGCCCAGCAAGGUGCAGAAGAGCCGGUGGCUGAUCAUGGCCCAGCACGGCUGCAGGUGAUCCCCAGGAAGCUGGAUGCCAGGAGGGCAGAGCAACCCGGGCGCCCACCACGCCCCAGCAGGAUCCCCGUGCGGAGGAAAGGGGCAGUGACUGGGCAGAACCCACCAGGGCUCCACACCAACAGCACCACAGCCCACCAGGCCAGGACAUUCAGCCGGGACAGGCCCCAGGCCUCACAGUUUCCACCAGGGCUCUGCCCAGAGCCCCCUGCACUCCCCGAGGGCGUGCAGAGCGCCGAGGAACUCCUCCUGUGUGGGGACAAGGUCCUGCACCCCCAGGUACGGCCCUGCAGGGCUGCAGUGCGGACAUGGGGACCCCUGCCCAGCUCUGCCCUAUGCUGGCGGGGCCUGGGCAGAGGCGACAGUCCUGGGGAGGGGGCUCCAAUCUCACUGCCCCAGCCCCUCUGCUCCCUCACAGCACCCAGCUGCAGGCCCUCCCUCGCUCAGCUCCUACCGGCAGCUCCUUUCGUUCUGCGCCGAAGCCUGACCGUGCUCUGGCACCCCGGAUCCCCAGCGUGGGGCAGGGCUGGUCUCCCCCUGCCACGGGCCUUGGCCGGACUAAAGCUGUAGCAGUGCAGAGCCCUGUCUGCGGCCGCCGCACCACUCACCCCACACUGUGCCUACGUCUGGAGCGGCCACCGCUGCUGGCCCACAGCAGCUCCCAGUGAUAGAAGGCUCCCACCGGGGACAGCCCCGCUCCUCCCCGCGGGACCGGCGGAGGAGCCUGGCACAGGAGGGAGGGAUCAGGGAUUUUUACAUCACACGGUUUCGUAUUGUAUUACUGUGUUUCCGUUAAAGUUUGUUUGGAAGAAG